AUGCUUUACCACUAGUCACAAUUCCUAUACAUUAUAUGUUGAGAGUAAAAAUAAUAGUAUAAAAGAUAAAGUUAACCCUCUUUCUACCAACCUAAGCUUUGAGAUGGAAUGGGAGUUAACAAUCAAACAUGGUACUAGAGUAUACAAAGGUCUUGACUUCAAACCCCUCGGCUAACCCAAUAUUUAAAUAGUUGCAUGUGUUUGAAUCAAUUAUACAGUAAAAACUUGGGCACACAUGAGGGGUUGUGUUGAUUAUAAAAAUAAUAAUAUAAAAGAUAAAAAUCCUCUACCUACCGGCUUAAGCUUUUAGAUGGAACAAUAGUUAACAAUUUAACAUUAUUCAUGGUAUAUUAGGGGCUAUUUAGUUGUGGAAAAUGAUUUAUCUUUACUUUUCAUUUUCCAUAGAAUAUUUGAAAAACACAUUUGAAUGUUAGACAUAUAGAAAACUAAUUUCCAAUCUAAAAAUUUGAAAAAUAUGUUCAAGAAAAGGAGAGAUGUUUUAUUUUCUUUUGUGUAACUUGUAUUAGAAGAGGAGAUGAAGAUGAUUGGGGAAAAGUUUUUGGAACGCCACAUUUUCCAAAUCUGCAUGUUAUUAAAGAAAACUUAUAAAAGUCAUUUUAGGAGUUUUCCAGUGUAGUUUAAUAUGGAAAACUGCUUUUUUGCCAAAUCUCCACUCUGUUUGAAAAUAUUUUGUAUUUGCACAAGUUUUCUAAUUUUGCAUUUUAUGUGGAGUAAUUUUCUAGAAAACUGUGGUUGUUUUCCACAACUAAACAGCCCCGUAGUCUUUUGCUUUAAAUGUAUGUUUAAUGAAAACUGAGCAUGCCCCCAUCCCUAGCAAUCAGGUUGCUGAGUCAUCAUACAAGUAGCUUUGUUGGAGUUUUCAAUAUUUCAGUAAUUAGACAAAGCAUAGCUCCAUUUUAGCACAAAGAGGUUGCAUGUCAAAUUUGAUGACAUCAGAAGACCGUUUGAUGGGGGGUUUUAUCAAUUUGAAGUUGGCCACUGUUAGCUAGUGCUGGUGUCAUGAUGGGAGUGAUUUCCAAGUUCAGAAUCUCUCUUUUUCAUUUCUAUUUUCGUUUUAUUGAGUUCAAUAGUCCCUCCUUGAAUUUUGUUGUGAAAUUAUACUGUUUGACUACCUUGAAUUUUGGGUCCCCUUAUGAGUUGGCACACAAAACAAGGGAUCUCACCAAGUGUCCCUUUGACAGACCAUGAACCUUCACCUAUUCAACUUUGAGGUUCAUCAUGGUCUUAUUUCAAGUGCCUCUCCAAAUUCGUCCUAAAAUUCUUUCAUUUGGGCAGUUUCGUCCUUUCUGUGGUCAAAAUGAUCAUUUUUCCCUGGGGUCAAAAAGCUAACUUCCCCCCCUCCCCCCCCCCCCCCCCCUCUUCUCUCUCUCUCUCUCCUCAAACACACUACACUUGUGGAUCUUGGCCAGGUCCACCUUUCCCAAGGCAGAUCUAUAAACUUUCACUUAACCAAACGAAGUUAUAGUGAACUGGACAGGUAUAUCUUGCACUGGAAUAACAAAUAAGGGGUAACAGGUUAACUGUCCAACCUUGGAACUACUUGGUGACACCCGUUGGUUUGAUAUUUUUUACUUCAUGUCAAGUUUGUGGACAACAAUCAUUGUUCAAACUUUGUAUGACACAAGAAAAAUAUGUUAAACAUUCUGUGUCAAAACUUUUUAAAUAUGCUGGAAACAAAUAUUUAUAUUGAUUAAAAUUUUUUGAUAUGUACCAUUUUGUUUUUGUAUACCAUUCCCACACAUGGCAUGACCUUAUUUUCUCCCUUGACAUGCUGUGGUUAAAGAAAAGUGAACAAGUUUAUUUUGCGUCAAAUAAGAAAUAAUGGGUUAAACCAUAGUUACUGGGUUCACUCCUCACCCCUUGGAACCAUGAUCUAGAUCAGGCAUUCUAGAUUGUGGUUCUUUCAUGUCUCAGGAUCAUGAGGAAUGUGAUCUAGAUCCCCAAGUUUGGGUAUCCCAACAGUGCAUAAGUCAGCUAAAAUAAUUUAAAGCUAAGGAAGAAACUUAAAAUCAAAUAAUUUUCAAAUUUCAAAUAAAACUAGAUAAAAUAAAGCUUGCCUACCUUACUUUCUUCCAGAUUCUCUGCAUUUUGAAUUAUAUUUAAAACCUACUUUGUUUGCAUAUAAUUCUUCAAUGCAUAAAGUUUUACAAGAACAUUAAAAAACCAAGACAAAAUGAUCAAAAUAGCUUCUGUAAUAGCAAAGUAUUAAUCCAACCAAUUUCGACCUGGGUACAGCUAUAAAGCGUGCAACAGCUCGAAAUAAUGAAUCAAAAUUAAACCUAUCUCAUCUACCACAAAAUUGGCAUACUAAUGUAACCCAUACCCGUUCCAUGAACAUACCAUGUUCCUAGAAACUAUGGGUUAAACUAUUCUGUCUAACCUACUUUGUUACACCCAUCAGCUUGCUUUUCUUUUUUUACUUAAUUCUUCAUCAAGUGAUGUCAAGUUUGUGGAUAUCUACCUGCCAUUAUGAAAAGGUAAAUGGAACAAUACAUGGUUACAACUUUGUAUUAUCAACACAAGAAAAAUGCAUCAAAACAUGCUUGAAUGUCGAAAUGUUUUAAAUAUAUAGGUAAGAUAUAUUUAUAUUGCUAAAAAUGUGCAAUGCGUACAUCUUGUGGUUGCUACACCAUGGUACUCCACUUGGCAUAACCUUGUUAGUUUCCCACAUUGCAAGACUGCAGCAUUCUACUACCUGUUUCCCUUGCUUGAGCUUGCUGCUUAAACCCUCUCAAGCUGUAGAUCAAGUGUCACGAUAGUGAAAAUUUCGUUUGAUUUUUUAGUUCUUUUCAUUAAGUCUUUAAAGAAGAGGACUUGCUUUUGUUUUUGAUUGUAGCAAUGGCCUUCAACAUAGUUUCCUUGUUUUGCUAUUUGGUCCAUCCUCUUUCUGUUCGCAAAGUUACAGUGUUUCUGAUUUUCACAAUGCUCAUUCAACUCAUUGGUGUUGCUACUUGUGCAUUUGAAGAUAAGUUGAACUAUAAGAAACCAUAGUUAUCAAAGGCGCGCCUAGGCGCGAGGCGCCUCGCCUGGGCUGAGGCGAGGCGGUUUUGGCGAGGCCCUCGCCUUGCGCCCCUAGGCGCUGGGGCGUGAGGCGCGCCUCAUGAAACUUAGGUCUUCUAGCUAAAUCUUGCAGCCCAAUCGCUCCUCACUCCUCCCGACUCUAGCAUCCAACCGCUCCAGCCUUUCCUCUCCAGCUCGUUGCUCGUGCUCGCCCGAUCUUCCUCUUCCUCUCUAGCCCCAGCCGCGCUUGCCUCCUCUCUUCCUCUCCUCUCCAGCUCGCCCGAUCUUUUUCUUCCUCUCCUCUCCAGUCGCGACCCCCUCCUCUCUUCCUCUCCAGCUCGCUCGAUCUUCCUCUCUAGCCCUAGCCGCGCCUGCCUCCUCUCUUCCUCUCCUCUCCAACUCACCCGAUCUUCUUCUUCCUCUCCUCUCCAGCCGCGACCCCCUCCUCUCUUCCUCUCCAACUCGGCCCGAUCUUCUUCUUUCUCUCCUCUCCAAUCGCGACCCCAUCCUCUCUUCCUCUCCAGCGACGACCCCCCCCUCUCUUCCUCUCCUCUCUAGUUCGGCUUGAUUUUCCUCUUCCUUUCCUCUCCAGCCGCGCCUACCUCCUCUCUUCCUCUCCUAUCCAGCCACGCCCACCUCCUAGCUUGUUAAUUUCCUCUCCAGCCAGCUGCGCCCUCUUCCUCUAUUCUCCUGUCCACGGUCUUCUCCUCUCUUCCUCGCCUCUCUUCUCAUCUGCUCUUCAAGUUGAAGCUGUUAAGGUUGCCCACGGUCUUCUCCUAUCUUGUAAGUUCUUUUACUUGUUUUUUAUUUGUUUAUUUCUUGCAUUCUUGCCUAAUUUCUUUUGUUGGCAGCUGGUUGCUGAUCUCUUUUAAGUCUUUAUAGUUUAUUUCUAUCAUUAGGAGAAUUUUGUGGAAGUUGGAAGUUUGGAACUGUGUUGCAACAGCCCAAUAAAUGUCGUCAACCACUUCCAAAACGAACUUUGCAUGGAAUUAUUUUGAAGCUGAUCCUAAUGAUAGAAAUACCACCACAUGUAAAUUUUGUCGUAAAGUAACAAAAGGUGGUAUAUUUCGGGCGAAACAACAUCUUGUGGGCGGUUUUAGGAAUACUAAAGCUUGUCUAAAAUGUCCUUCAUCAGUAAAAGAAGAAAUUGGAGAGUACAUGCAAAAGAAGAAAAAUAGAAGGGAUGAGCGAAAUAUAGCAUUGUUAGAUGAUGAUCUUCAAUUUGGUGAAGGGUAUGAUGAUGAUGAUGAUGAUGAGCCGCUGCCUCAAAGUAGAAAAAGACCCAAUGUAUCUACUGGAAGUGGAAGCGGUACAGGUACUGGUAGUGUUGGUAGUGUUAAAGGGCCAACACAAAAGGGUCCACUUGAUGUUUUUCUUAAAGACCCAGAAGUUAAUGUGUUGAAAAGCAAGGGCAAAGGAAAGCAAACAAGGUUGGGUGAGCAUGAUUUUGCAAAAAAAGAGUUAAGAGCUCGAGUUUGUAGAAGCUUUGCACGAUGGAUGUAUGAUGCAGGCAUUCCAUUCAAUGCAGUGACAUAUGAUAGUUUUAAAGUAUUUAUAGAAGCAGUUGGUCAGUAUGGUUCGGGUGUGAAGUCGCCUAGUUACCAUGAAGUCAGGGUUCCUCUUCUCAAACAAGAGGUGGAAGCCACUCGUGAAAUGAUGAAAGAUCAUGAAGAGGCGUGGGCCAAAUAUGGAUCUUCCAUUUUGUCAGAUGGUUGGAAAGACAAGAGGGAAAGGACAUUGAUUAACUUUUUAGUCAAUUCUCCUAAAGAAAGUAUGUUUUUGGAGUCUGUUGAUGGUUCUAGCUAUUCAAAGACUGGGGAAAAGAUGUUUCAAUUAUUAAGUAAAUGUGUGGAAAAGAUUGGAGUAAGAAAUGUGGUGCAAGUGGUCACCGAUAGUGCUUCAAACAAUGUUUUAGCAGGAAGAUUUUUGGAGGCAAAAUAUCCUACGUUGUUUUGGAUAUCAUGUGCAGCGCACUGCUUGGAUUUAGUGUUGGAAGAUAUUUUCAAGUUGCCUAAUAUGAAGAAGACAUUUGAGAGAGCUGUUAUGGUGAAUAGCUAUAUCUAUACUCAUUCGGGUCUAGUAAACAUGCUUAGAAGAUUUACUGACAAGAAAAAGGUGUCGAGGCCUGCAAAAACACGGUUUGCAACUGCCUUUAUCACUUUGGGCAGGAUGCAUAGUCUGAAAAACAACCUUAGAAGGAUGUUUACCUCCGAAGAGUGGAUGACAAGCAAGUGGGUAAAAGAAACGGGGGCUAAAAAGGUUGUAGAAGUGAUUUUGAUGCCUUCAUUUUGGAACAAUGUUGUAUUUCCUUUAAAGGUGGCUAGUCCAUUGGUGCGUGUAUUGCGCUUAGUGGAUGGUGAGAAGAAGCCUACUAUGGGAUACAUAUAUGAGGCCAUGGAUAGGGCCAAAGAAGCGAUUUCUAACUCUUUUAAUGGGGAUGAAAAGAAGUAUGCACCCAUUUUUCAGAUCAUUGAUAAUCGAUGGGAUGUUCAGCUUCAUCGCCCCUUGUACGCAGCUGGUUGGUACUUGAACCCAGAAUAUUUCUACAAGGUUGAACGUAUAGAUCCAGAGAUCAUGACUGGCUUAUAUGAAUGCAUUAGAAAGUUAAAUCCAGAUGUAAAGGUUCAAGACCAAAUUGAUGCUGAGCUUUCGAUGUAUAACAAUGCAGAUGGGUUCUUUGGAAACUAUAUGGCUAUUAGAAAGAGAGCUGAUAAAUCACCAAGUACACACAUAUAUAUAUAUAUUACAUUAUAUAUAUAUAAUCAUUCUAGAUAAUAGAUAAUAACUAAUCCAUGAAUUUUAUUGGACAGC